AUGUGCAUCAAUUGCAGCUCCCGGUCUCACUUCGAAGUCUCCCGAUUCCGCCAGCUCUCGAGCUCUGGAGCCGCUCCCAAUAGCCGCCAUGGCGUGGCGGCUAUUGGGAUCAUCCAGCGGCUGGGGCUGCGUGUGCCUCUGUUCCAAGCCCCGAUGGCCGGCGCACAAGCCAGUGAACUCGCCAUUGCAGUGGCGCGUGGUGGAGGUCUCGGCGCCAUCCCGUGUGCUCUGCUGUCUCCUGAUGCUGUACGCGAGCACGUGCAGCGCUUCCGAGCCGCUGCGACGGCGCAUAUCAACCUCAACUUCUUCUGCCACUCGCUGCCUGCUGCCAACCCCGAGGCGGACAAGCAGUGGCAAGAUAUCCUUGCUCCAUAUUACGAAGAGUACGGCGUGGGCCUCACUCACUUGACAGCGCAGGGGGCGCAACGGAUGCCAUUCGACGAAAAGAGUCUCGAUAUCGUGCGGGAGCUCAAGCCUGAAGUCGUCAGCUUCCACUUCGGCCUGCCGGCUCCACACAUGCUGCAAGGUGUCAAGGACACGGGCGCCUUCGUGAUCUCGUCCGCCACCACUGUGCGCGAAGCUGUGUGGCUUGAGGAGCGAGGCUGCGACGCUAUCAUUGCGCAGGGGGCUGAGGCAGGAGGCCAUCGGGCUGUGUUCCUACCCAGGGAGGGUAGCAAGCCUAGCACCUCGGGUGAGCAGUACCGCAACAGCUCCAUGGACUUCCCGCGGCAAAUUGGGACGAUGUCGUUGGUCCCGCAGAUCGUGGACGCUGUGAAGCUCCCAGUGAUUGCAACGGGAGGAAUCGGCGACGCUCGAGGGGUUCUGGCUGCUAGUGCACUUGGUGCAGCUGCAGUGCAAAUGGGCACCGUCUUCCUGCUCGCCGAUGAGACCAAGACGUCGGCUUUGCAUCGCAAAAUGUUGAAGCGGGCUGCGACUGCAACGGGGGAAGACGCUCUGGAGACGGCCAUCACCAACAUUUUCUCCGGCCGGCCAGCUCGAGGAUUCGUGACGCGCGUUAUGCGAGAGCUGAGACCCAUGUGUGCUGCAGCGCCAGAGUUCCCCACGGCUGGAGCACCUCUCGGUGCGCUCAAGAAGGCUGCUGAGGCAAAUGGAGACACGGCCUUCUCGUCCUUGUGGUCGGGUCAGUCUCCUGGCUUUGCGAAGGAGAAGUCCGCCGAGAUCAUUGUGCGCUCAAUUAUCCAGCAGCUGGACGCAUUGGUGACGCCAACGUGUACCGAGGAAACUCGCAGCUCGCUGUAG